GUUUCCUCAAUAUAUUUAAUUAAUUUUACAUAAAUUAACCGUGUUAGUUUUAAAAUUGCAGUGACAGAAUAAUACUUUUGACUGAGUUUUAUCGCAUAUUAUCCAUUUUUCUAAAAAAUAAUAUAUUUCUGUUAUUUCUGUUAAGUGGCAGUAUUUGAAAAAUGAGUGAUAUGCAAAUCACUGAAAAGGGUUUCACAUUGCAGCCGACUCAACAUCGUGAGUGAGUCCGGCUAUGUUGUGAAAUGUAGAGUCAAUUGUAAAUGAAUUCAUUGUCCUUAAUAGUACCGUAAAAGAAUAGGUUUUCAACCGGUUUGUUGAAGUCUUGGGCACGCUUUCAAAAAACUAGUCCAUCGGCCCACACAAACAAUUGAAAUGUAUAUCUGAAUAGGAGUUACUGUUGUCUGUAUGUGUUGUUAAAAUCUCUGAUACUCAGCAGUAUGUUUUUAAAUCAGUAACAACUGUAUUAUAUUACUGAUCUGAAAUCUGAGCUAUAUGUUAUCUAUUUACAUGCAAGCAGAAAUGUGCAAGGCGCUCAGUAUGAAAGUACUGCUUUAAUCAUCUGACAUUAAUUCCUGAUGUCAACUUCCGAGCUUUAUUCCAAGGGGGCCCGUGUUUGGAUUCCUGAUCCAGAACAUGUUUGGGUUGGUGCAGAAGUUGAGAAAUUUGAAAAAAAUGAAUUGCAUGUGGAACUUGAAGAUGGAAGGAAACAAGUCAUUAAGGUGACAUCUAAUGACCAGCUGCCUCCUUUACGGAAUCCUGAUAUUCUGAUUGGGGAAAAUGAUUUGACUUCUUUAUCCUAUCUGCAUGAACCAGCUGUUUUGUACAAUUUGCAAGUCAGAUUCUGCAACCAAAAUGCAAUCUAUACCUAUUGCGGCAUUGUUCUUGUGGCAAUCAAUCCAUAUGAAGAACUGCCUAUCUAUGGAAAUGAUACUAUCAUGGCAUAUCGAGGUCAGUCGAUGGGUGACCUCGAUCCCCAUAUAUUUGCAGUUUCAGAAGAAGCUUAUACACAAAUGGAAAGAGAAAGCCAAAAUCAGUCAAUUAUUGUGAGUGGAGAGUCAGGUGCUGGGAAGACGGUGUCUGCAAAAUAUGCAAUGAGGUAUUUUGCAACAGUUGGAGGCUCCUCUACAGAAACUCAGAUUGAGAAAAAAGUACUAGCUUCUAAUCCUAUCAUGGAGGCUAUAGGAAAUGCCAAGACUACCCGAAAUGACAACAGUUCGAGGUUUGGAAAAUACAUAGAAAUAGACUUUAAUCCAAAAUAUCAUAUUAUUGGUGCCAACAUGAGGACGUAUCUACUUGAGAAAUCAAGAGUAGUUUUCCAGGCUCCUGAUGAAAGAAAUUAUCACAUAUUUUAUCAGCUCUGUGCUUCUUCUGAACUAGAAGAAUUACAAGAUCUGCAGUUAGGGGACCAAAGUUACUUUCAUUAUACAAAUCUUGGCGAUUCUCCUGUCAUAACUGGAGUAGAUGAUGCCAAGAAUUUCCAAGAAACUAGAAAUGCUUUUACUCUUUUAGGUUUUUCAGAAGCUCAGCAAAUGAUGAUGUUUCGUAUUUUGUCUGCCAUUUUACAUUUGGGUAAUAUUACUAUAAUAAAAGGAGGCCAAGCUCAGGAUGAUGCUGAAAGUUGUACAAUACCUGACAGUGACCCUCAUCUAGUCGUAAUGUGUGAUCUCUUAGGUGUAGAAUGUGAUCAAAUGAGUACCUGGCUAUGUAACAGAAAAAUACAAAGCAUGCGAGAAGUCAUUACAAAACAACUUACACAGUCACAGGCCAUGUUUGCUCGUGAUGCCUUAGCAAAACAUAUAUAUUCUCAGUUGUUUGAAUGGAUAGUAAAACAAAUUAAUAAAUCAUUAGCAUCAAAUAAAAAAAUUCACAAGUUCAUUGGAGUUUUGGACAUAUAUGGGUUUGAAACUUUUGAAAUAAACAGUUUUGAACAAUUUUGUAUAAAUUAUGCUAAUGAAAAACUGCAACAACAAUUUAAUAUGCAUGUUUUUAAACUGGAACAAGAGGAAUAUGUCCGUGAACAAAUCGAAUGGAAAUUCAUAGAUUUUUAUGACAAUCAGCCAUGUAUUGAUCUCAUAGAAAGCAAACUUGGAAUACUUGACUUGCUGGAUGAAGAGUGCAAAAUGCCAAAAGGUACAGAUGAAACAUGGUGUCAGAAACUAUUUAGUCAGUGCAAAAAAUGGAAGCAUUUUGAAAAGCCUCGCUUGUCAAAUACUGCUUUUAUUAUUCAUCACUUUGCAGACAAAGUGAAAUAUGAAGUUGUAGGUUUCUUAGAAAAGAACAGAGAUACUGUAAUGGAAGAACAUAUCAAUAUCUUAAAAGCUAGUCAGUUUGAGCUUGUGGCUGAAUUAUUUGAAGAGGAGAAAAGUGACACAAAACUGAAACCAGUUGCAAAAGUUAGAUCAGCUGCACCUCCUGUGAAAGCUGGUCAGAAACAGCAUAAGAAAACAGUUGGUUCACAAUUUAGGGAAUCUUUGUGUCUCCUGAUGUCUACUUUAAAUGCAACUACUCCACAUUAUGUGCGUUGUAUAAAACCAAAUGACCAGAAAAUUGCAUUUUAUUUUGAGCCACACAGAGCAGUGCAACAGCUGAGAGCGUGUGGAGUACUUGAAACAAUACGGAUCAGUGCUGCAGGUUAUCCAUCCAGGUGGGCAUACCAAGACUUCUUGAAUCGGUAUCGAGUUCUUACAUGUUCUAAGGAUAUUAAGCGAGCAGAUUUGAAAACUACAUGCCAAAAAAUAUUAGAAAAUCUUGUCAGGCAACAUGCAUUCUUUAGGAAAGGAGAAGAGGAUAAAUUUCAGUUUGGGAAAACAAAGAUAUUUUUUCGUGCUGGUCAAGUUGCUUAUUUGGAAAAGCUUAGAGCUGAUAAAUUACGAGCAUGUGCAGUCAUGGUUCAGAAACAUAUUCGUGGCUGGUUACAUUUGAGGAAGUACAGACAGAUACGGCGCUCGGCUGUUGGAAUACAAAGAUAUGCCCGAGGAUUACUGGCGAGAAGGUAUACAUCCUUUUUACGAAGGACAAGAGCUGCCAUUAUUAUUCAGAAAACAGUACGAAUGUUUAUUCAGCAAAAAAAAUUUCAGCGCACCUGUCGUGUUGUUCUUGGAUUGCAAACUUUUGCCAGAGGCAUGUGGGCUCGUCUCAGGUUUCAGCAAAUGCGUAGGAAUGCUGCGGCUGUUAUUAUUCAAAAAUAUGUUCGUGGCUUUGUUGCUCGCUCCAAAUAUCAGAAAUCGCGCAAAAGUAUCAUCAUUUGUCAAUCAUCGGUACGCAGGUGGUUUGCUAGGAAAGAACUCAAGAAACUGAAGAUUGAAGCUAAAUCCGUAGAACAUGUGAAGAAACUGAACAAAGGUUUAGAGAAUAAGAUCAUCUCAUUGCAACAAAAAAUAGAAGAGUUGUUGAGAGAGAAUAAGAACUUGCAAACAAAACAGAUUGAUACUAAGGAAGUGACAGCUCAAGUUGAGCAUAUCAAGCAGUUGGAAGGUACAGUAAAAGCUUAUGACAACCGAGUAGCAGAAUUGGUACAGACAGUUGCAAUGUUGAAAGCUGAAAAUGAACAGUUGCGCAAUGAGAAAGAAGACGUUAUUACCGAAAAGAAUCUCCUGAAACUCGAAAAAGAUGAAAUUGUAGAACAUUUGAAUAAGGAUAACAUUAAACUGAAAGAAGAUUUAGACAGAAUGAAUGAAUUUAUUAAAGCCAAGGAAAAAGGUGCCAUUGAGAUUCUGGAAAGUGAAAAAAGGCUUUUGCUAGAGGAGUUUUCUGCUGAACGUGCUGCAUAUCAAAAAUUAUUGAAAGAAAAUGCACGACUUGAACAGCGCUAUGAAAACUUACAGAAUGAAAUGAUUCGCAUUCGUGGGACUGGCAUGGGUCACAACAGAACACCUUCCAAUGUCAGUCUAGUCAGUGUUAAAAGUGAUGCUACAGAAGUUGUCAGAGAUGACAUUUCAGAUACACAUGACGAGGAUGUAGGUUAUGGAUCUAUUCGGUCAAAAGAAUCAGACUCCUCGCAUUUAAAAUUGGAUGAUGUGAAAUGGGAUGUUAGUAAAGAUGUCAGUCCUGAUGAUGAUGAAGCUAGA